GAUUGAUGGAUUUAGUUUGAAUGCAAUCAUGGUUGAGUUGUAACUUUCACCCACUUCUUCCAUGAAGGUUGUUGCACACCAAUUACUCUCCCUUCCUUAUCCCCUACAUUUGUAAACCACAUCCUCUCCUUUGACAUUUAUCAACUACCUUUUUUUCUUGCUCUCUGAAAGGAAAGAUGCAUCUCUUUUCACCUUGUGUUUCAGUGUUUGUGUUAGUGUAUUGUUGGGUGGCUUGCUUCACUCCCACAGUGUUCUCCAUCAAUUUAGUUGAUGAAAUUGCUCUUAUGGCCUUCAAAGCCCAUAUCACAUAUGAUUCUCAAGGCAUUUUGGCAAUAAAUUGGUCAACUAAAAGCUCCUAUUGCACUUGGUAUGGUAUUUCUUGCAAUGCUCUUCAACAAAGAGUUUCUGCAAUCAACCUCUCUAACAUGGGUCUUGAAGGAACUAUUGCGCCACAAGUCGGCAACCUCUCAUUUCUUAUUUCUCUUGAUCUUAGCAAUAACUACUUCCAUACCUCUCUUCCUAAGGAAAUUGGUAAGUGCAAGGAGCUUCAACAGUUGAAUUUAUUCAAUAAUAAUCUGGUUGGAAGCAUUCCGGAAGCCAUUUGUAAUUUAUCAAAACUUGAAGAGCUGUAUCUUGGCAACAAUAAGUUGGCUGGUGAAAUUCCAAAGAAGAUGAGUGAUCUUCUUAAUCUGAAGAUAUUGUCAUUCCCAAUGAACAACUUAACAGGAAGCAUACCAAAAGGAAUUGGUAACUUGGUGGAGCUUCAGAGAUUGUCUUUCCGGAAUAAUAGCUUGAUAGGAGAAAUACCUCCAUCACUGUUCAACAUAUCUUCAUUGAGGUUUUUGGAUUUGGGAGGAAAUAACCUAGUAGGUAUCCUCCCUACAGGCAUGGGUUAUGAUCUUCCCAAGCUUGAAAUCAUUGAUCUCUCAGCCAAUCAACUCAAAGGUGAAAUCCCCUCCAACUUGUCGCAUUGUCGAGAGCUCCAAGUACUAUCAUUAUCAUUCAAUCAGUUUACUGGAGGCAUUCCACGAGCCAUAGGGAGUUUAUCGAAUCUUGAAGAAUUAUAUCUUGGUUAUAACAAUUUGGGAGGUGGAAUUCCAAGAGAGAUUGGGAAUCUUCAUAAUUUAAAUAUUUUGUACUUCGAGUCUGCUAGACUAAGUGGUCCCAUUCCUGCCCAAAUUUUCAAUAUCUCUUCAUUGAAAGUGAUUGGUUUCAAUCAUAAUAACCUCUCUGGGAGUCUUCCAAUGGAUAUCUGCAAACAUCUUCCUAAUCUCCAAGAGCUCUAUCUUUCUUGGAAUCAGCUCAGUGGUCAACUUCCUACAACUCUGUCCUUAUGUGGAGAGCUCCAAGUACUAUCAUUAUCAUUCAAUCAGUUUACUGGAGGCAUUCCACAAGCCAUAGGGGGUUUAUCGAGUCUUGAAGAAUUAUAUCUUGGUUAUAACAAUUUGGGAGGUGGAAUUCCUAGAGAGAUUGGGAAUCUUCAUAAUUUAAGUAUUUUGAACUUCGAGUCUGCUAGACUAAGUGGUCCUAUUCCUGCCCAAAUUUUCAAUAUCUCUUCAUUGAAAGUGAUUGUUUUCAAUCAUAAUAGCCUUUCUGGGAGUCUUCCAAUGGAUAUCUGCAAACAUCUUCCUAAUCUCCAACAGCUCUAUCUUUCUUGGAAUCGGCUCAGUGGUCAACUUCCUGCAACUCUGUCCUUAUGUGGAGAGCUUCUGUCACUGUCACUAUCUUCCAACAAAUUCGCAGGAAGCAUAAUAAGAGAAAUUGGCAACUUAUCCAAGCUUGAACAGAUUUAUCUUAGGAGGAAUAGCUUCACAAGUACCAUUCCACCUUCAUUUGGUAAUUUAACUGCCUUACAAAAUCUCUAUCUGGCAGAAAACAAUAUUCAAGGUAAUAUCCCCAAGGAGUUGGGGAAUCUCAUCAACUUACAAUCCUUGGAUAUUUGCCACAACAAUUUAACGGGGAUGGUACCAGAAGCUAUUUUUAACAUCUCUAAGCUGCAGAUCCUUUCGUUGCCAAUAAAUCACCUUUCAGGCAGUCUCCCAUCAGGUAUUGGCACUUGGCUCCAGAAUCUUGAAGAGCUUUAUAUAGAUGGCAAUCAAUUCAGUGGAAAAAUUCCAACGUCCAUUUCCAAUAUGUCGAAACUUAUCUUCAUGUACAUAGGCGACAACUACUUCAUUGGGAAUGUGCCAAAAGAUCUAGGUAACUUGAGACGACUCCAGAUCCUCAGCCUUUCACGAAACCAGUUGACUAAUGAACACUCAGACUCUGAGCUUGCCUUUUUUACAUCAUUGACGAAUUGCAUUUCUUUGAGAAAAUUGUGGAUCGAUGGUAAUCCUUUAAAAGGCAUUAUUCCAAAUUCAUUGGGAAAUCUCUCUAUUUCUCUUGAACGUAUUGACAUGAGCAGCUGCCAACUCAGAGGCACCAUCCCUACAGGGGUUAGUAAUCUAACCAACUUGAUUGCUUUACGACUUGAGGAUAAUGACUUGACAGGGUUGAUUCCAACAUCAUUUGGACGCCUACAGAAGCUCCAGGGGUUGCAUAUUUCUCAAAAUCGAAUACACGGAUCCAUUCCCAGUGGUCUAUGCCAUUUGACAAACUUGGGAUUCUUGGAUUUGAGUUCGAAUAAACUUUUCGGAACAAUCCCAAGCUGCUUUGGGAAUCUUACUGGACUGCGUAACGUCUAUCUUCACUCCAAUGGACUAGAUUCUGAGAUACCUUCAUCUCUGUGGACCCUUAGAGAUCUCUUGGUUCUUAACUUGUCUUCAAACUUCCUCAACAGCCAACUAUCCCUAGAAGUUGGAAGCAUGAAGUCCUUAGUGGUUUUGGACCUGUCAAAGAACCAAUUUUCAGGAAACAUCCCAAGCACCAUAUCACUUCUUCAAAACCUGUUCCAACUUUACCUAUCCCAUAACAAGCUACAAGGUCAUAUUCCCCCCAAUUUUGGUGAUUUGGUGAGCUUGGAAUACUUGGAUCUGUCUGGGAACAAUUUAUCUGGUUUUAUUCCCAAGUCAUUAGAGGCUCUGAAAUAUCUCAAAUACCUGAAUGUUUCUUUCAAUAAACUACAAGGAGAGAUUCCAAACGGUGGACCCUUUGCAAACUUCACUGCUGAAUCUUUCAUCUCCAACCUAGCACUUUGUGGAGCACCUCGGUUUCAAGUCAUGGCAUGUGAGAAAGAUACUAGUAGGAACACAAAAUCACUCCUCUUGAAAUGUAUUAUCCCUCUGAGUGUAUCAUCAUCAGCAAUAAUAUUAGUGGUUCUCUUUAUUCUAUGGAAGCGAAGACACACUAAGUCAGAAACUCCGGUUCAAGUUGAUUUGCCGCUUCCCAGAAUGCAUAGAAUGAUUCCACAUCAAGAACUCCUUUAUGCAACCGGCUACUUUGGUGAAGACAAUUUGAUUGGAAAAGGUAGCUUAGGAAUGGUAUAUAAAGGGGUACUAUCCGAUGGGUUGAUUGUUGCUGUGAAGGUUUUCAAUUUGGAAUUACAGGGAGCUUUCAAGAGUUUUGAGGUAGAAUGUGAAGUAAUGCGGAAUAUUCGCCAUCGAAAUCUUACCAAGAUAAUUAGUAGUUGUUCCAACUUGGACUUCAAAGCCUUGGUGCUUGAGUAUAUGCCUAACGGGAGCUUAGAGAAGUGGUUGUACUCUCACAACUACUACUUGGAUUUUGUCCAACGAUUAAAAAUUAUGAUAGAUGUGGCAUCAGGGUUAGAGUAUCUCCAUCAUGAUUAUUCAAAUCCUGUGGUUCACUGUGACUUGAAGCCCAGCAAUGUCUUGUUGGAUGAUGACAUGGUUGCACACAUAAGUGAUUUCGGCAUUGCAAAACUGUUGAUGGGAAAUGAGUUUAUGAAGAGAACCAAAACCUUGGGCACCGUAGGCUAUAUGGCACCAGAGUAUGGCUCAGAGGGAAUAGUAUCCACAAAAGGUGAUAUAUAUAGUUAUGGGAUCAUGCUCAUGGAAACUUUUGUGAGGAAGAAACCUAUAGACGAAAUGUUUAUGGAGGAACUAACCUUGAAGAGUUGGGUGGAGUCAUCAACCAACAACAUAAUGGAGGUUAUAGAUGCCAAUCUCCUGACAGAAGAAGAUGAAAGUUUUUCCUUAAAACAAGCUUGUUUUUCUUCCAUCAUGACAUUAGCUCUGGAUUGUACAGCUGAGCCUCCUGAGAAGAGGAUUAACAUGAAAGAUGUGGUGGUUAGACUCAAGAAGCUCCUGAAUCAAAUUGCUGAUUUAAGGACUCCAUAAUUAAGAAGAAGAAGGCAUGGAGAUGAUCAUGUUCCUUUCUUCCACCCUGAGCUUAUUUAAGAGUUCACAAAUCAAGAAUUGAGGGACCAUUGGGCAUGGCCUGCCAGGUAGUUGAAAGUUCCUUAUUAUAUCACCUUUAUACAAAUUAUUCUGUAUGCUUUUAUUUCAUAUUUUUCCAUUGGCAUAAUAUUAAGUCAAGAUACCUAGUGAA